AUGGCUCCUAGAACGACAUUGCAAAUCAACAACACACCAGAAUAUAUUAUUAGUAGCCCACAAUUAUUCUUGUCAAUUAAACAUAUAAGUCCACCUGGUACAAAUUCACCAUCCUACUCUCCCAUCUCAAAUCCAUCCUACUCUCCAUACUACUUCCAUCACUCAACUACAAAUUCCUCAUCACCAUUUCCUAUUUGUUGUCAGUGUCUUUUUUGUAUAGAAGCCGGUACAAGUGGCAGUGAUGAUAGUACUUGUGUUGGCAGAAGUGGUAAUUGUUAUCAAAUCGGAGAAUGUUCAGAUUAUUCAGAUUAUGAUGACAAUACUUUCACGCCUAUAAAUAUGGGAGGGAUUAGUCCAGUUAAUAUAUAUGGGUCACCAAUGGCUGCUAAUGGAAAUUCAUCAUCAUCCUCCCCCCCUUCUUCAUAUAAACAACAGCAACAACAACAUUUAUCAUCAACAAUGUCAUAUCCUUUAGCAAGAGAAGUGAGAUAUAAUAAUAAUCAAUUUUCCAGUGACAUUGUUAAUAAAAUCGAUAAUGAUAAUAAAUGUGAAGACAAGGACGAAUGUGAUAUAAAGUUAAAAUCACCAUCAAAACAAUUAAAAUCUUCUAAUUAG